UUCAUGCCCGCUGGGUGAAAACACAGUAACCUAAGUCACUGAAUUUCCAAGUCUUGAAAGAGCCCGUAGGAACUUGACUUCUGCCUUGGACACGCAACCCCAACAGACCACCUCACCACCAACUCUCAACCACCGACAACGCUCGUCGCUCUCACAGCAGCCCACCACGUCUUCCUGCUUUGCUCUCCAGGCCGACCAUCCCCCACGAUGCAGCGCCAGAACUACGGCCCCUCGCCGCCCCUUCAUCAUCCUGUCCCGCAACAUGUCUCGACCGUACCACAACUGAGGUCGCCUCCUCCCCCGACCUCCUCCCAACCCCAGACCCAAGGCGCUUAUACCAACCCCUACCAGCAGGGACAGCCAGCUCCCCAGGCCGCUCCCCAGGGCCCUCCUCAGGGGGCCAAUGCCUUCGGGCAGUUUGGAAGCUAUAUCAAUGACCCGACCGCACAAAUAGCCGCCUCUAUGGGACAGAAUGCCUUCAAGCAUGGCCAAGAAUACUUCGAGCAAAACGUCAACCGCUGGUUCAACCUUUCAGCCUUGAAACACUAUUUCAACGUCAGCAACUCAUACGUCGUCAACAAAUUGUUCCUCGUCCUCUUCCCCUGGCGCCAUAAGCCAUGGUCGCGCAAGCAGUCCAUCGGUCCCAACGGACAAGAGGGGUGGUAUCUGCCGCCCAGGGACGACAUUAACAGUCCCGAUAUGUACAUUCCAGUCAUGGCGUUGGUAACAUACGUCCUCUUGUCCACUCUGUUAGCAGGUCUCCGCGGCCAGUUUCAGCCAGAACUGCUCGGCUCAACUGCCUUCGUGGCUGGACUGGUAGUUGUUCUGGAGAUCGCCUUUCUGCGCAUGGGUUGCUACUUCCUGAGCAUCUCCCAUCAAUCGCAGCUCCUGGACCUUGUGGCCUACUCGGGCUACAAGUUCGUCGGCGUCAUUGUCACAGUGGCUACUGCUCAAAUUGUAAAUGGAGGCAAAGGAACUGGAGGUCUCAUGGGCUGGUCCGUCUUCUUCUACACGUUCAUGGCAAACUCCCUUUUCUUGAUGCGGUCCCUGAGAUAUGUCCUGCUUCCCGAGAACCCAAGUGAUCCUCGAAUGCAGACCGAAUCCCGAUCAAAGCGAAACCAGCGAACACAGUUUCUGUUUGGUUACUCCUACCUGGUGCAGUUCCUGCUCAUGUGGGUUCUUACUAGACCUUAGAUGUGUCUAUAUUCAGCGAGGAGUUCAGGGGUCGGCCGGUGCAUUCUGAUAGAAAUGGUCUUGGCCAGGUUUAUCUUGGUCUUGGCGGGGUCAUGUCCAGGCUCGGCCUGGACGUAUGGCGUAACUUUAGGCAAUAUCAUGAGUUUUGCAUAGAACAAAGUACAUACUAGAUCUGCACUAAAAGCAUCAAUGAUCUCAACCAGUUC